AUGUCUAAGAAGGCCGCCCCCAAGGUUGUUGAAAAGGUCACUCUCGGCCCUCAAGUUCGUGAAGGUGAACUCGUCUUUGGUGUUGCUCACAUCUUUGCCUCCUUCAACGAUACCUUUGUUCACGUUACUGAUCUUUCUGGUCGUGAAACCAUUUCUCGUAUUACUGGUGGUAUGCAAGUAAAGGCUGAUCGUGAUGAAUCCUCACCUUACGCCGCUAUGUUGGCCGCUCAACAAGUUGCUGCCAAGUGUAAGGAGCUUGGUAUCAAUGCUCUUCACAUUAAGCUCAGAGCUACUGGCGGUACUGGUACCAAAACUCCUGGUCCCGGUGGUCAAGCCGCUCUUCGUGCUCUUGCCCGUGCUGGCAUGAGAAUUGGCCGUAUUGAAGAUGUCACCCCUAUUCCUACUGACUCUACUCGUAGAAAGGGCGGUCGUCGUGGUCGUCGUUUGUAA